AUGGCUUCGCCACCAGACCUCACCGCAACCAUAAAUGCCAUACUUACUACAACUAGUGACCUUAUCACCCUUUUUGAUCUCUUCCAUCCUCAGACCAUGCUAUUGCGAUUGCGCCUGCCCGCCAACAGCAUUGCGUGGCACAAAACCAACACCCAGCUCAUCUUAAAAUCCGUUGAUGGGCAACCCCUAGUCUACCCCCUCAAAGCCUAUGGAUUCCUCACCGCCGAAGAUAAGUUCAUCCGUCAGUGGACUUAUAAUAUCCAUGGUGCUAUAGGGCAAGAUGAAGAAUCCAGCGAUGUAUUCAUCAAACACAGCAGCCUAAGUCAAAGUUUAGUGGCCACCGCACCUCCACAACAGCAUGACCUCGCAGGAAAAGCCAUGAUCAGUGGCAUUGGGAAAGUUGUCAAGGUCAACAUUGAUAAUCUCAAUGAAGAUGGCGAAUGGCACCUCACUCUUUACGCUGAACAUGAAGCUUUCGACCCUGAAGGACGAGCAAAGAUCCAAUUUGUGAUCAUCUAUCAAUUUGGAAACUUUUCACCGGAGUUAUGCGAAAUGAAGGCCAUUGAAAUAGAAUCUUUCAUGUACUUCCAAGGCCUUUUCCUUCGUCAAGAUGUCGAGACCAAACGGUUAAUUGUUCAAGUGGUUUGUCACACGGUUGUUCAGCUACUGCCUGAUACUUAG